AGCGGGAGGCGGAGGAUGUGGGCUCCGGCGGCGGCGGCGGCGGCGCAGGCCCGGGAGGACGCGGGAGGAUGAGGAGGAGGCCGGCGGUCCGGCCGCGCGGCGCCGGGAGGAGGCGCAGGCGGCGGGGGCGGCGGCGGGCGGCGGCGGGCGCGCGGGGUGCGGGCCGGCUCGGGCGCGGAGGAUGAAGUGGAGCGUCCGCGGGGCCUGCGCCGCGCUCUCCUCCUGCCUCCUGCUCGCCUGUGCGCUCAGCGCCGCCGCCGUCGGCCUCAAGUGCUUCUCGCUGGGCUCGGAGCUGCGCGGGGAGCCGUUCCGGCUGGGGGCGGCCGCCGGCGCCUUCUACUCGGGGCUGCUGCUGGCCGCCGGCCUCUCGCUGCUCGGCGCCGCCCUGCUCUGUUGCGGGCCCCGGGAAGCGCCGCUCGCGGGGCCGGGGCCGGGCCCGGGGCUCGGGGUCCCCGCGGCCCCGGCAGGGGCUCCAGAGGCCGCGCCGGGCGAGCCGGGGGCCGCAGCCGGGCCCUCAGGGCCGGUGAACAGCCAGAACCUGCUCCUGCUCGGCGUCCUCGUCUUCAUGCUCGGGGUCCUCAGCGCAUUUGCGGGCGCCGUGAUCGACGGCGACACCGUGUCCCUAGUGGAACGCAAGUACUCCCACUACUGCCUGCCCCCGCGCGCGCCGGCCGCGGCCCCCGGCCCCGGGGCCGCCGCUCCGGGCCCGGCCCCCGGCGCGCCGCGCGCGCGCAGCACCCUGGACAGCGCCACGUCCGCCAAGUGCCGCCAGCUGAAGGACUACCAGCGUGGCCUGGUGCUUUCCACCGUCUUCAACUCGCUCGAGUGCCUCCUGGGCCUGCUCAGCCUCCUCCUGGUCAAGAACUACAAGUCGUCGCAGGCCCGGCGCGGCCGGCGCGGCCGGCGGAGGGGAGGCCGGGCCCUGGCGCGGCCCCGCAGCGGCCCCGGGCUCCGCGCGCAGCCGCUAGCCUCCCGGGCACGGCGCGGCCGGCGGGGCCGGCGGGGGCGGCGGCUGCAGCAGCGGCCGAGCGAGGCUUCCAUCCUGUCCCCCGAGGAAUCGGACUUCGCCGCCCCGGGGGACUGCGCGGGCUUCUCGGCGCACCACGCCGUUUCCUACAUCAACGUGGGCGGCUUCCACGCGUUCGACGAGGCGGGUGUGGAGGUGUGCUGCGGGGGGCACCCGUCGGUGGAGCUGCCGGGGUACGCCCCCUCGGACCCCGACCUCAACGCCUCCUACCCCUACUGCUGCCGGCCGCCCUGCGAGGCCGUGCGCCCCUGGGAGCCAAGCCGGGCCUGCUGAGGCCGCAGGGCGACCCCGGACGGACCGCGCCCGCGCGCGCCUCGCACCCAACCACCGCGGCGAGGAAGGACCCAGGCUGGCGGGGCGCAGAGCCAGGCCUCGCCGAGGCGUCGCAUCUUCAGGGGCGGUCUGGCCCGCCGCCUCUGAGGGCUCCCCGCCAGAGACUGGUCCUCCAGUAUUAUCAUUUCUGUGUCUGGGAGGUUUCUCUUUUUUUCUGUGUCUGUUCGUAUCCGGAUUCCAUUUUAAAGUUUACAAUAAAUGUUUUGGGGUCGGCUCGCCCCCACCGCACUUCUCUUUGGCAAGUCCGUUCCCUGGGGUCUCGCUCCGAGGUCCCCCGUGAGAGCUCACCACGCGAGGGUGGUUUCGCGGGAGGACGAGUCCUGGCGGAGGAAGGACAGAAAGACAAAGCAGCUAGUACUUCAGGAAGGAAAGAAGAGAAAAGCACCCACAGCAACACUUUGUACACGGAUGUGCCUGCUUUUGUUGAUACUUUCUUACUGUAAAGCUCUCCAUAAACAGUGAAAAUGUUUGGUAAAUUUAUUGCAAUUUAAAAUUGGUGAGUUCCUUUAUUAAAUUAAUUGCUAUGUUAUUGGAGAUAUUCAUCAAACUGGAGUUGGAGGGUGUCUGCACACAUCAGUUUGGGGGAAAUGGUUUGGUUUGGUCAGGCAGAUGCUGAGUUUGAACAGUUGUAUCCUGCUCGUUGGCUGACUUCAUCCAGCCUCCUUCUGAAGCUAACCUUCUUGUGUACCAGGUUCCAUACGUUUCUGUUCUUGGAAACUGGCCAUGGGGUCUCUACUGCAAAGCUCAGCUUAUUUCCGGUUAAUAUAUAUGAACAAUCCAAUCCUAUUUUGGCAAGUCAUAGUUUUUCUGGCAAAUUAUUUUCCUGUUUAAUUCAUUAAUCUGGUAAUUUUGAAUAUUGUAUCAUUUCAUUUAAAAUAUACCCCUUAAAUAGCUUUAAUUGAU